AUUUACUAUCUUAAUUAUAUAAUUCAUAAUCAAUUUAUAAUCAAUAAAUACAAUUUAUAAUUGUAAUAAACAGAUUGCACAUAUAAAUUGGUAUAUAUGUAUAUACUUGUAUAUAUAUAAAUAUAAAAUAAAUAUGUUUGUAUGAUAAUGUGCCUGUUUCAUAUAUAAUGCAAUUAUAAUCUGAUCUAUGUAGAUUAAGUUAAACUCAAACGUAUUUCUUAGUCAAUAAAUGUAUAUGUUACCAAAGCUAUAUACAUAUAUAGGCAAUUUAGAACUAUAUUACUCUGUGGAAGGAGUAUUUUUCCCCUCUUAGCGUAUUCCCCUCAAGUGAAACGAUUUAUUCGAAUGCAUCUACAUGUGAACAAAUUGUAAAUUUAUAUAGUCCUAAUAUUCGUAUCAUAAUCAUUGUUUGUAAUAUUGAGUUUUUGUAUAUUUAUUUGAUGUUGACUGUUAUGAAAAAAAGUGAUAAGCGUGCACUGUUAAGAAGACAUUUAUUUCAUACGUACGACGCAAUAAUGAUCGAUGUAUAAAACUAGAUACACAGAGAAAAUAAAAGUACCCACGCCAUAUUUGUUUUUGAAGGAAUUUGCUUUAUGUUUAAUUUACGAAAUAGAGUCAAAAUGUUGGUUAGAAAACAAGUAGAAAUACAUACAUCAAUUUAAUCUUUAAAGGAUAAAAUGUAUGUUUUAUAUAAAAUUAUGAAAUAUGAGAUAUGUUGAUAUUACAAAUAGAGCAAUUUUUUAUACCUUUAAGAUUUUGGUUGUAAGAAUAUAAUUUGUUAAAAAAUAACAUAAGUGAGAAAGCAGUUUGUAAUUAACUGUUUAUAUAUGCAGUACACAUAUUUUUAUUCAUUGCCUGUUAUAAAAUGGCUACAAAUGAUGCUUUAAUGACCUUUCUUGCAAACACUGUUCAAGAAAAUGAAAAGAUAUUACAGGAGUCAUGUCUCAAAAGUCAAAUAAAUAUUAAACAUAAGAAAGAUUAUGACAAGUUGUUUAUCAGACUUAAUUACAUCUGUCAAAUGAAAGCAACCAAAGACGGAGUGCAGUUAAAUUCUUGGUGUAAAAAAAAUGUUAUAAGUUAUAUAUAUGGACCUAUCUCAGGAUUUCCAUCUGGUUCAUGGUGGGGUAUCCGUAUGGAUUGUUCUAGAGAUCGUGUUCAUGACCCCUUCGAUGAAAAUAUUCAAAAUGGACCAUUUGGAGUUACUUCAAUUUGUACUUCAAAUAUUAACCUAAAUGAAGAUGUAGAUUUGGGUAAUUUUCUUACUCUUACAGGACAAAAGUAUUCUGUUGGUACAUUAGAAAAAGAUCCGCUUAUUAAAAAUUAUGAAAAUCAAGUACCAGUGAGAUUAAUUAGAAGCUAUAAUUUAUUCAAUGACUUUGCACCUAAAACAGGUUAUAGAUAUGAUGGUUUGUACAUUGUAACAAACUUUUGGAUAGGUGUAAAUACAGAUUCUAUAAAAUAUUAUAAAUUUGCUUUGUCACGUUUAAACGAUCAAGAGCCACCUUCGUGGAGUACCAAACUGGCUCCUUUGGCUAUAAGUAAUCAUCUAUCUACUUUACAUUCUUCUUCUACACCUUUACAAAACUGCUUAAAAAAUUCUGUUCCAAACAUGUAUGAAUUUAAAAAAUAUUCACAUGGUUCUGAAUUUAUAAUUCAAAAAGGGAAACAUGAAAACUCAGAUGGAUUUUUACAAACUCAAAAUAUUGAAAACAAAAAGGUAGAUGAAACAAAGAAAGGUGUAAUUGAAAGUGCAAUAGUGACUCGCCAUGUAUUUAAAAAGUUAAAUAAUAAUACAGAGUGUACAAUAAAUAUACCAAACAUGCCUAUUAUGCCAGAAAACAAAUCAUUAACUCAUAUUGGAAACAAAGGAUCUAAAACCCAUAAUACAAAUAUUUCUAUACGUACAGGAUUAUAUAAUUCAUCUCACAGCACACAAAACGAUAGUAAGAAAAAUACUUCAUCACUAUUUUGUAGAACAGUUAAAGCAAUUAAUAUUGUAAAAACUAAUCAACACAUAGAAAGUUGGAAUUUAUCCAACAAAGAUAAAAAUAAAAAUCUAGAUGGUAAAGCUCAAACAAUCAUAUCAAACGAAUUUCCUAAGCGUGUUAAUUAUAUUUCUCUUAACUCUGUAAAACCAGAAUUAAUGAAAAUAAAAUUUCCUAAAGGUGUCAAUGCAGAAAUAAACAGCGAUACAAAUGAUACAAGUUUAAAUUCUUGUUAUAGACUUGAAUGCAAUAGUAGACAUAAAGAAAUAACUAAUGAUUCCAAAGACGUGUGUAACAAUAUCGUAAAUUCAUCCAAUACAACAACUAAUAUGUUAAACAUGACAAACUGUAUGUAUAAAAAUGAAAUUUCACCACAUAAAAUGAUAUCCAAAGAAUUACAGCAAUUCAAAUCAAUUGAUUUAUUGCCACCAGAUAAAAUUGUUCAUUUGAUUAACAGCAAAAACCAUCCUUUGUCAAAAUUACUAAUGGGUAAUAUGAUAGGGUUAACGUCAGAACAAUCUGUAGCAUUACAAACAGAAGACGUAAUAACAACCAAGCCAGAAAUCAAAGAUAAGGUAGUAACUCGAAAUAGUGGUAAAGAAGAAAUGAAAGAAAGGACUAAAUUUGAAGUUAUUUCAGAUGAUUUAAAUGGAUCAAGAUGUUACAAAUUUAGAAGACGCAGAAAACUGUCUAGAAAAACAACAAAUAAGUCAGAGAUGCUAAAAUAUAAUAAAAUACAUAAUGAAAAGUUUAAAAAAGAAGCAGUACAGUCUUUAGAUAUCUUAGAAUAUCCUGGAAAAAGUAGAGAGAAAACGGAUAUUUGCAAGAAUUUAAAAAAUAAAAGUAUAAAAAAAAAAACAGUACAAAAGAGAGAACUGUCAGAUUCAACAAGAUAUAUUAAGAAGAAUGCUGGAAGUACAAUAGGAGCAAGAAUACAUUUACAAGCUGUGAGAAAAAUUGAUUCUUCAAUAAAGAAACAUAUAAAUAAAAAAAAAAUAAGAGAAAUUACAAAUUUAUUAAUAGAUGCAAAAAUUGGACCUAAGAUACGUGGUCCACGAUAUAGAAGAUUGCGUUGUAUUAACAAAUGUACAGAACAAUCAUGUGAACAUUUUAAUACUGCAAUGUAUACAUUGAACAAAUGUAAAGUUAAUUCAGAACAAUCUACUUUCCAAGAUAGAAAUAAACUUACAAAAAUGACUCACUGUAAACGUGUUAAAAGUCAAACUAGGAAUGUUAAAAUGUCAAAAACAUUAAAUUUUAAUCAUAGUAAAAUUGGCAAGAAUCUCACUACGUCUAAAAAAGCAGAUAAGAAUUAUAUUGCAAAACCGGCUAUAAAUAAUAAUAAUAAUAAUAAUAUGAAAAAUAAUGACAAUGAUAACGUUGAUAAUAAUAAGAGAGAUCAGAAUAAAAGAUCAAGAUAUAUAAAAAAAAAUGUGAAAAUUGUAGAAAAUAACGAUACAACGAUUAAAAAUCGGAAAAGAAAACUGAUGCAAACAAUUUGCAGAGAUUCAAAAUGCAAUAAAAUUAAUGAAGAAUUGCAAAAGAGCUAUAAAAAAGAAAUUUCAAAACCAUGUAAAACAGAUGCUGUUACUCAAUGUUCUCUCCUUCCAGAACCUGCAAUAAAGAAUCUGAAAUUGAACGAUUUCGUGCAAAAUAACGUUCGUAAUGAACAAUAUACAUUUAUUAAAAUAGAAUACGGUAGUGAUUUUAAAGAUAUGAAAUCUGAAAUAUAUGAAACUACAAAGUUAGGUGAUAAAAAUAGAGGCCAUCAUUCUACAUUUCGAUCAUCUACAAAAAAAUGUGUAUCUUGUACAGAAACUGCAUCUAAUUUACAGCAUCCCAUAAAUUCAAAUGUAUCGUUAAGUAGCAAUACUUUGAGUACAAAAGAACAAAAUAAAUUUUCACCUGAAAGGGUAUCUGCAUUUGUACCUGUUAACAUCCCGGAUAAUGAUCUAAAAAUUGCUCGUUUAAGGUCAAUAGGAUUUAAACCAAUUGAUUUUAGUAAUAGCGAUGAAGGUAUUAACAGUCAAGAUAAAAGAAACAAAGUACUAAAACAAAACGUUACCGAAAAAUACAAUAAAUACACAAAUGAGGAAAACGAUAUUGUCGUUUAUAUGGAUGAUGAAUUACAAUAUCAAGAUAUUGAGGAUGAGGACAAAAAUUCUUCAUCUACCAGAGAUAAAACUUUGAAUUCAAAAAUGUAUACUGAACAAUUAAAUAAAAUGAUUUUAGAAAAAGAACCAUACAAUUCACUAUUAGAACAAGAUCUAGAAUCACCAUGGCAUGGGUGGAAAAAGAUUGUAACAAAUAAAGAUACAUAUUGGAUAGGUUGGUAAAUAGAUUGUAAUAAAUAUUGUACUAUUGUAUUUACACACACGUAUGUGUGUAUAUACAGAUUUUCUGCAAAAAUAAGGCUGUAAAAUGUUAAGUUAUUUUUUCCACUAAUAGCUGUAAUAUUUGAUGCUAUUAAUGCAAUUUAUGCAAUAUACUUUUUGUAAGGCAAUUAGAUCCAAUCUUUUAUUCAACUAUAUAUUUAAAUUAGUCCAAUUAUUUUCAUUGCGUUUUUGUGAUCAAUGAAUCAGUAGUAAAAACUAAAACUAAUAUAAACAAUACUAAUUGUAUAAAAUGAUUUAUUUUGACAAAUGAAUUGUAAUGUUAUUCUGUGGAGCAGAAUAGUAUGUCCUCUCCAUAGAAAUUCAUAUAUACACAAUUUACUCUCUUGUAUAGAAAAUAAAGUUCAAUUAAGAUUUCGA